AUGAAAAAUGAAAAUGGGAAAUUAAAAAUUGAAAUUGAAGGAAAAAAUACAGAAAUUGAGAGGAUUAAUGGAAUAAAAGAAGAAUUAGAAGAAUUAAAUAAAAAAAUAAAAAAUAAUUUGGAACAAAUUGAGGGAAAUUUAAAUGAAUCGAAAAAACAUUUAAUGAGACAAAAAUCAGAGAAUGUAAGGCUACAAUCUUUAAUUAAAGAAAGAGGAAAACAAUUAGAGGAAUUGGAAAAUUUAAAAAAUGAAUUGGAAAAUAAAAUGGAAAAAUUACGUGAAGAAAAUCAAAAAAAUAUUGAAAAAGUAGGAGAUUUUGUUUUAAUUGUUUCUGAAGAUGAAAAAGUUAAUUUAAUUUCAAAAAAUCAAAUAUUACAAAAAGAAUUGGAAUUUGGAAAAGAACAAAUAAUUAGAAGAAAUGAGGAAUAUGAAAUGACUAUUGAAGCUUUGGCUAAGGGACAUAGAGAGGCUGAAGAAAGGAGACUUGCAGCACUACAGGAAUUGGAAAAAAUAAAAUAUGAUAGUGCGGAUAUGAAGUCACAAAUCGAAAAUAACGAACAAAGAUUGAAACAAUUACAAGAAGAAUAUAUCAAAGCAGAUAAUGAAAGAGAAUUAUUGAAAGAUGCAUUAAAAAGAUUUAGAGCUAGCACAAUAAGAAUAUAUAAAGAAAUUAAAGAAAAUAGUAAUGGAUUUGAAUUUCGUUCAAUUCCUUUACCUAAAUAUAAUAAUGAUUUUGUUGAUGAAAGAGGCGAAAUUAAUUCGGAUAGAUUAAAUGAUAUUCUACAAGAUUUGGCUAAUCGAAUAGAGAACCUUCAAAUUGAUCGGGACCGUUACAGGGAUGAAUUAAAUCGUCUUAAAAAUACAUCUACAGAUACUAAAACAACCUAUACUAAAAAAGAAACACAUUUUCGAACAAUUGAAGAAAGUUUAGAAAAUGCUGAGGAAGAUAAACGUUCAUUAGAAGCUAGAUUAGCUACAGCAAAACAAUUACUUAAAUCUCAAGAAGAAAAUAUGAAAUUAAGAGAAGAAGAAAGAAGACAAAUUAAAAGUAAUUUAAUUACAGCAGAAUUGGAAACGAGGGGAAAAGAAGCACAAAUUAGGCACUUAAAUGAAAAGUUAAAAAUUCUCCAAAAUGAUUUGGAUGCAGCAAAAGAAGAAUUACGAGUAACUAGAGAUAAAAAUGAGUUAAAGGAUUCGAAUAGAUUUCAAUUGGAAAUAACAUUGAGAGAUCAAGAGAAUGAAUUGAGAGAUUUACGCUCAAAAUUAACAAAUUGUCAAACAACAAAUAAUGGUUUAAAAGAAAAAGUAAAUGAAUUAAAUAUUCGAUUAAAAACAAGCGAGGAAAAUUCUAAUGGAUUACAAGAAGAUAUUGAGAGAUUGAGAAAGGAAUUAAAAAGGACAGAAUCAAUUGAAGAUGAACUUAAACGAACUGUAGAAAUACAUUCUCGAGAAAGAAAUGAACUUAAAACGACAAAAGAACAAUUAACUCGUAUACAAAACGAAUUAUACGGAAAUCAAAUUCGUAAACAAGAAACUGAAUCAGAAUUAAUUAAUGCACGUUCUGAAGUUAGAGACUUUCGUCAACGAAUAAAUGAAUUAAAUAAUAAAAUUGGAGAUUUAAAUAGACAAAUACAAGAUGCUCAAAAAAUAAAAAUAGAAAUGAAGAAAAAAUUAGAGAUUUAG